AUGCCAUGGGUGGCGCGGCUCCUGUCCGUGGCCUGCGUCUCCGUGGCGACGAAGAUGGAGUACUGCGUGCCGGCAAUGUCGGAACUCGACACCGGCAGCGGCUACGAGUUCUGCUCCGCCUCCAUCUGUCGGAUGGAGCCGCUCGUGCUGUCAACCCUCGGUUGGCGCAUGGCCGUUGUUACGCCCUUCCACUCCCUCCCCUGCUUCUCUGACCGACACGACGGCCGCGGCGGCGGCGGGCAUGACCUCGCCCGCGUGGCCCUCAAGUCCAUCGGCUUCAUCUUUGCCACAACCAAAGCCGGCAGUGUGCUGGAUUACAUGCCAUCUACUGUGGCUGCGGCUGCAAUCUUGGCUGCAUCCUAUGGAGCUCUACUGACCAAAGAAGCACUAGAACUUGUGGUGAAGAAGUGCAAGGCCAAUAAAGACUCCAACAAUCCCAAGUGUCGUGUUAGUCCUCAUGUGAGCCCCAGAUUUGAUUUGUUGUUGUGGUUUGAUUCACGUUAUUUAUGUGGCGUGGUGACGCGUCCUAAUCGGGGCCCAUUUUGGUUCUAUUUUCGUAGGGACAGCUUCAGAAAGGACUCCAACAUCAAGCAGGUCUCCAUGGUUUGCAAGGUCGAUGAGGGACUUGUGUUGCGGCACGCCAAGCAACAGCAAGGGGAGGGCAUCUCUGAAAUGUCACCGCUGUCGCUCAUUGCUAGUGUCACCGAUUGA